AUGGAGUCCUACAAAGACCUUUUGGGUGCAGGACGUACUAGCAGCAGUGAAUCUGGGUGGACAAUGUACAUUGCCUCCCCUUAUAUGGAAGAAGAAGAUGCUGAACGCAGUGAUAAUCAUGAUGGUGAUCAUCAUGACAAGCAUCAAAUCAGAAUUAACCGGAAGCAUGUCAAGAAAGAAGAUGAUGACAGUGAUGAUUCUUUGACUUCUGAUGCUUCGUCUGUUCCAAGUUAUCGUCGCCAUACCCAUUCUCGCGGUCAAGUUAGUCAUGGCACAUCUCGUUCUAAACCAGACAAAAGUUAUAAUGAAAACUGCAUUUUUUCUUUAGGCAAGGAUGCAGAAAAGCAGGCGAAGAAACGUGUUGGAAGUAGUACUAAGAAGUAA